CCCUAUCAUUUCCUGUUUAGUAGCCCAGUGUGAGGUUUUAUCACAAAUUGAAGAAUCAGCCCUUGCUGCUUUGUGUUGAUUGAGACAGAGAGUAGGGACAACUACAAUCAAUGAUACAAAACUGAAAAUGUCCUCUCUUUCACUGAAGGAUGUUAGUAAAAUUUGCGCUGUGGAGAAGCACUGCAUCAUCACAGAUGAUCUUCAGUUAUUGUAUACUGCCACUUUUGGAGCUCGAAACAAGUGGCGCAAUAUCUUACUAAAUCUCAAAGUUAGUAUUGCUACAAUUGAGAGUAUUGGCAGUAAAUUCCGUGAAGAUCCUGAUGAUUGCUAUCGUGAAGGGCUUAUUGAGUGGCUGAAAGGUGGAGAGAGAAGCUGGGAAGAUGUGGUGGAUGCUUUAUGCAGUCCUAUUGUGGGCCACAGUGACAUAGCCACAACAGUUGAGAGAAACCACAUCCUGCAUACUGCAACUUCACAUGAUGUCUCGAGUGUACCUGCUGUUCGGCCGAUAAGCAUGGACAGUUCAAGAUCCUCUGGAGUUUGGUCGAUAGCUGAAAAACAUACUGAGCUUAGGAGAAUCUCUUUUCAGUGUGGUUGUGGAAAUUGCACAGCGCUGGGCUUUAUAAAAGGUAAAGACCGCUGCCGAAGUAAAAAACUCCCUCAGGUCAAAGUUUGGACUCCUGAAACUCUUUCACCUGUGGACAGAAUAACAAAAACAGAACUUCCAUACAGCAUCUUCGAGGAAGCUCUGAAAGACGAAACUCGAAAGGUAUUUGACAGUUUUUGUAGCCUCCUUCAUGCUACAUUCAAGAUGCUUCAGAAAAAUGCUACUUUCGAUGAUGUGAAAGGCUUUGUAAGCAGCCUUCUAGCGAGACGCACCUACUACGGUGAAAUUUACUCAGAAGUGGAGAGUCAACAUUUCGGCUUGAUACGAAAUUUCAGUGAUUUGCGUGAGUAUUUGGAGAUCAACUGUUGCUCUUGGUUCAACUACAAGAUUAUUGUAGCGUUGAGAAAACAGUUCAGAAGAAAUCGACCGCUCAAAAAAGACGAUAAACUGGCCACUUAUAAAGAUUUGUUUAAUCAGUAUGUUAAUCGUCGUUCCUUUCUGUUUCUUGAUGAUCUUGGACCGGAACUACCGCAAGAAAGCUCUGUCAAUGUAAUCUGCAAAAUUGAUGUUGAUUUCACGACUAUCACACCACAGCAAAUAGCACAUCUCAAGAAAGUACUGAUUGAGUGCAUACAACAGAUUUCUGAAUAUAGCUUAACACUGAAGAAUGUGAAGGACGGAUGUACGGAGCUCACCUUUCGAGCACCAGCCUACCUGAGGGGUAUCAAAGAGCUGACACCUACUCAAGUCAACCAACUGCAACAGAAUCGUUUUUUAUUAUUGAAAAUUGAUAAUAAAAUCUUUUUAUCAACUGAGGCACAGAGUGAAGAAACACAUGGAAUUGGCACCAAUUUGUCAGGUCUGUGUACGACAAGCAGAAGCCUACUGAAAGCAUUCCAAGAAGGUGAUGCAUUGGCAGCGAGUCAUCUGAUGGCAUGUGAGGAUUGUACAAAUGGCAUUGACAAAAUCACCGACACUGACAAAAUGUCUCUUCUCCAUCUUGCUUGUCGCUGGGAUUGGGUAUUGUGGGAACAGAUUAUCAUCGAUCUUGUCACUAAAUACAAAUGCACUGUUUCAGCUUUGAACGAAGAUGGAGACACACCCCUUCAUGUAGCAUGCCGAUUUAACAAUGAGAAAGCAGUACAUUUCUUGCUCACACUUGAUGAAUGCAAUCCUGUUGCUCAAAAUAUUGCUGGUGUCACUGCCCUCCAAAUUGCCGACGAGAAACAACAUCAUGGUGUUUUGAGACAAUUACUUUUCUAUUCUGCCAAGCUUGAUUUCGAUGUGGAGGAUUCCAUAUUUCCGUCUAACUAUACUGCUCCAAGCACAAACGUGCAUCAUCAUUUUUUAAGAGAACGAAUGGAGAUGUAUGGAGGAAAUGUAGUGCAAGCACAGAAGUUGCGCAGCAGACUAGAAGGGAGCACCACCUCUGGUGAAACCUCCGUAGAGUCUUCCUUGACUGAUGCUUCUAUAAGGUGCAGUCUGACCAGAGAUUCUGAAGCACUCCUUAAGCCAGCCAACAAAAGGUGUCUACCAGCUGAGCAGACCUAUCAUCAUUCUGGGAACAUUCCCGAUACAAAGACCAUUAGUGUGAGGAGAUACAAUCAACAGCUCCGUCUCGACUGCUCCUUUAAGGACACUUACACAAGAAAGAAUGUAUGCCUCGCUGCGGUAAUGGUUUUGCUGUUUGUGAUAGCUGUAGUAUGCCUUGUUCUUGCAUCUAGUAGUAUGGCUGAGCAGAAUUUCGAAUCUACACUGAUUGUACAACUUCCAGAGCGAUCUUCAGUCUUUAUCAACUCAUUUAUGACAAAAACACUUACGUUGAGCAUCACUAGUACCGAUUCUAAGUUUGAAGUCAAUUUAUUCGCACCAAACUGUGCUACUAUUAUGCUUGAAGAAGUUACAAUCGAUAAAGAAGGCAAUUUUUCCUCAACAGCAGUGAACUACCAUGUUCUUGAUGAGCGUUACGUUUCUACUUCUGGAGUCUUGGAAUAUCAGUUUGAUAUGCCAUCUAGUUUUGCUGGAGAUUGUCCAAUAACUCUUGUAAUUUUCGACGAUCUCUCAAGUUUUGAGCAGUUCCGCUCCACAGGAACGUGGUUGUACUCGUACACUGAAAUGUGUAUUCAGAAUAAUCAAAAUAUCGCGAGUCUAACGCUUCAAGCAAAAUCUUAUUACUUCACUGGCGUUUACAUAUCACCUCAACUAAAACCUGUGCCUGUUACGUAUAAGAUUAAUGGAACUCUCCAGCAGUAUCUUCCAACAUCAUUGGAUAUUUGUACGAUCACACCCGACGAAAACAGCACUUGCACAUUUCAAGCGCUCGGUACGAGUGAGGUAUGCAUUUUAGGUUCUGUACCAAGACGAAGUAGUUCAGAAAUUGUAAAAGCUGAAAUAAGCUAUCAUCUAUCUACUGAUUCAGCAAGUAUUACAGGAGUGGCAGUGACCGCAACAUUUGGGAUUGUGUCAUUUAUACUUCUUGUAUCUAUUUUCAUAGCUAUAGUUGUAGUUUAUAUAGUACGUAAACGAAACCUUGUUCGUGUGUUAUAACUCAUGCUGUGUGUCCGAAUUUUUAUUUUCAUAAUUACAAUCAUGCACAAGUGACAUGCAUAUAAGCAUGUGG